UCCAGGCGAGAAUGCUCAGCCUUGGUAGAAAACCCCUGGAAAGGUUUUGAAGCCUUACGUGCUAAUGCUGUGUCCCUAUGUUGACUUAGGAACGCUACAUAUCCACAGCUAAAAGGCAAGAGUCCAGUGAACCCCGCGGCCCUAGGGGAAGGAUGGAGGAACUGUCUAAGGUUUAGCGGAAAAGAAUCUAGAUUAGACGACGUUUAAUUUCCAAAGCGAGGGGAUGUGUCUUAGAGCUGAAUACACCAUACAAUGCAUCGCCACGCAGGGUACUUUCUUCUUCUGAGCCAUGAGUUUCUAUGUUUUCAGAGGAAGUUAAAUGCCCAAUUUUACAGAACUGAGUCCUUCCCCGGUUGCCCUUUACAACGGCACCCGCAGCAAUACCACCACUGUGUGUGAGUUGUUUAGGAAGCAGGGAGUGAAAACUUUUUGGGGUGACUGAAGACUGAUAGCAGACAUGGGGUAAAAACAAAACCACAGGCACAAGCUUUUUGGCUGAGGGACAGGGGAUUUGGGGGCUCUUUGAUUUAGAGAUGGAGGAGGCUAAGCAAAGGACAUUUUAUAUUUCAAAUAGGUAGCAUUCUUGAGGGACACGUGUUUUGUUAUAAUUAGAUCUGCUUUCUCCAACAUACUCCGGCUGUAGAGCAGGCUUUGUGGAACUCGUGCCUGGAGACUGAUUGACACCCCCUUCCUCAAGUUUGUGGCUGUAUUUAUUAUUUAUUCGCAUCUAGAGAUGAAAUAGUAUAGCCCCGCCCCCCAUGCGAUGCACGGGCAUUGAAAAUGUUAAAGUUCUUGUUUGUGAUGCAGAGACCUAAGGGGAAAAUGGCCGGGUCAUGGACCCUGGAGAGCGUGAUUAAUGAUCGGUGAUUUACUGAUCAGUGAUUAGUGCUUUUAUUCAAACUGUUACCUCUGACCAGAAGCACACAUCAGAGGAUUAACAGGCUCUUUAGAUAACCGCUCAUUAGUGGAAGGGGAAAAGCAAAGAUAAUAGGCAUGCACCCAGGGACAACUUUCGAAGAAAAUCAGUCCCGUCUUCAGAAUAAUAAGCCCCAUUAACAGAAAGCCCUUUUAAUUUAAAACUUGCUUUUAUCUUGUAAAUCAAAGUUAGAUGUAAAAGUUUGUAGUGCCAUUAUAACCUAAAUUUUCCCAUAUCCAUGAGAUGUGGAUUAUCCCAGUAGCGAUAUUUUUUUUUAUUUAAAUAAACAAUUGGACCUUUAGAGUGGCUGAACCCUGACAAGCUUAGCUCCCAGGGCUGGAAGGUGUCCCCCCUUCACACAUGGAGACUGCACUUUGCUAACUAGAUGGCGCACUGCUAUUUGGUGUUCUGUGCUGCAGAGCGCAGCAGGAGUAGAAACUCAGCAAGUAGCUGCUUGCGAGAGGUGUUCUUCAACACAACAAAGUUUAUUCUGUGUAGGAUUGGAGGCUAGACAGUUCUACAAGUUUUUAGUCACAUUUUCCAUGUCAGUUAAAUCUAAGGAGUUCAGGGCUACUGGAAAAACUAGUCUCAUUACUAAAAGAAAGUUAGAGGAGGAGGGAGAGAGAGUGCCACACUGCAUGAGGUAGCUUUGAGUUGCACAGCAGUCUCGAAGGGCCAGGCCUUUUCUCUUUUUGACUAAGAGCUAGUUCGCAGUCUCCUGGUCUGAAAUAUUGAGGCAAGUGCUCAAAGGUUUGUUUCCUUUCUGAUCUUGCUGGUUAAAAGAAGUUACAAGAAAGAAGGGGAAAUUUUGAUCUGGGGACGCAGAAGGCAACACGCUGAGCGUUUACCCUUCGAGCCAUGCUUUAUGAAGAAUCCAAGAUGAACUUGGAGCAGGAGAGGCCGUUUGUCUGCAGUGCCCCAGGCUGCUCCCAGCGUUUCCCAACAGAGGACCACCUGAUGAUUCAUAGGCACAAGCAUGAGAUGACUUUGAAGUUUCCUUCAAUAAAAACAGACAGUAUGCUAUCAGAUCAGACUCCGACGCCCACAAGAUUCCUGAAGAACUGUGAGGAGGUGGGUCUCUUCAGUGAGCUGGACUGUUCCUUUGAACAUGAGUUCAGGAAGGCUCAGGAAGAAGAGAACAGCAAGCGGAAUAUCUCCAUGCAUAAUGCAGUUGGCGGGGCCAUGGCCGGGCCUGGAGCUCACCAGCUGGGCAGCACACGGAUGCCCAACCAUGACACGAGUGUUGUGAUUCAGCAAGCCAUGCCGUCGCCCCAGUCCAGCUCAGUCAUCACACAGGCUCCCUCCACCAACCGUCAGAUCGGGCCUGUCCCAGGCUCUCUAUCAUCUCUGCUCCAUCUCCACAACAGACAGAGGCAGCCCAUGCCAGCCUCCAUGCCUGGAACCCUGCCCAACCCCACCAUGCCAGGAUCUUCUGCCGUCUUGAUGCCUAUGGAGAGACAAAUGUCAGUGAACUCCAGCAUCAUGGGCAUGCAAGGCCCGAACCUCAGCAACCCCUGUGCUUCUCCCCAAGUUCAGCCGAUGCACUCAGAAGCCAAAAUGAGGUUGAAGGCCGCACUGACUCACCACCCUGCUGCCAUGUCAAACGGGAACAUGAGCACCAUCGGACACAUGAUGGAGAUGAUGGGCUCCCGGCAAGACCAGACGCCGCACCACCACAUGCACUCGCACCCGCAUCAGCACCAGACACUGCCACCCCACCACCCCUAUCCACACCAGCACCAGCACCCCGCACACCAUCCCCACCCACAGCCUCACCACCAGCAGAACCACCCGCAUCACCACUCCCACUCCCACCUUCAUGCACACCCAGCACACCACCAGACCUCGCCACACCCACCCCUGCACACCGGCAACCAAGCCCAGGUUUCACCAGCCACCCAACAGAUGCAGCCAACCCAGACGAUACAACCGCCCCAGCCCACAGGGGGACGCCGGCGAAGGGUGGUGGAUGAGGACCCAGAUGAGAGGCGGAGGAAAUUUCUGGAAAGGAACCGGGCCGCCGCCACCCGCUGCAGACAGAAGAGGAAGGUCUGGGUGAUGUCACUGGAAAAGAAAGCAGAAGAGCUCACCCAGACAAACAUGCAGCUUCAGAAUGAAGUGUCCAUGUUGAAAAAUGAGGUGGCCCAACUGAAGCAGUUGUUGUUAACACAUAAAGACUGUCCAAUAACAGCCAUGCAGAAAGAAUCACAAGGAUAUUUAAGUCCAGAGAGCAGCCCUCCUGCGAGCCCCGUCCCAGCAUGCUCACAGCAGCAAGUCAUCCAGCAUAACACCAUCACUACGUCCUCGUCAGUCAGCGAGGUCGUGGGGAGCUCCACCCUCAGCCAGCUCACUACUAGAACAGACCUGAACCCCAUUCUUUAAGAGGCAGGGGUGGCGGCCAGACCUGGCCUCCGAGAAGAGCUGUCGCGUGUGCCAUACAUCCUUCUUCCAAAGGGCAUUUUUAGAAGUAACUCCGACCUGGAAGACGCCUCAGCCCUUCAAAGACUGGCUUUCAUUUUUUUAUAGCUAUUAUGGAAAUGUUGUCUUUUAUACUUAGUUCUAUAAGAAAAAAAGGGAGUUAUGCAAUGAAUAUCUGUCAGCUUAGGAAGCGCAUUGGUGCUUUUCUCCGAUUUUCUGGUACCAGUUUCUUGAUUAUAAACAGAACCUUUCCUUGUAUAUAGCCAUGGUUUCAUUCUUACCAGUCCAAUCUUUUGCCUGGAACAAUGAAUCUUGUUUAACUACAGCUUUUAGCCAAAAUGAGGUAUACUUAGAUGUCAGGUGAGAUGGAGCCACAGUAACUGGGUGGGAAAUCUGAUGAUGUCAUAACUCAUGUUGAGUUUGUGCUGUGAUGUCACCAGAAUCUCAGAUAAACACAUGGGCCUUCCUGAUUUUUUUUUCUCUUGCUAGGG